ACUGGGCUCAGUUACGCGAGUGCCUGUACCGCAUUGUCCGUGACUGAGUCCUGGGUCCUCCCUGAUGCUAUUUAGGCGUAUUGUAGCCUUGAUAAAGUUCUUUGAAAAAUAAAAAAAAAAAUAGCUGAAAUCUGUUCUGGGAUACUACACGGAGAACCCAAUGUAUCACACCCUGAAACACUGAACUGUCAUUGACUGGGAUCCGGCUGCAAGCUGCCAAAGGGUACCUGUUUCCCAGGGAGGAUAAGGGUUUUGUUUCUAGAGAAGAGACUGAAAUUACCGACAAGGCCAAGCCGGACAGCUGGAGCGCCAUCGCCUCGUUUCACGUCACCAUCACCAGCAGGCAAGCCCGACGCAGCUGUGGAAAAGGAAAUAUUAUCAAGUGGUGAUUUUUUUUUUUCCCCGUUGGAGGUGGGGGGGCUGACAGAACCAAGAGACAAACGAACUCCACCGUAACCCCCCAAAAUUCAACCCCACUAAAGGCGCGAUCCGAUUGGAGUAAAAUAAAAUAAAAGCCUAACAGCCGCAGCACAAAAUACCCUUCACUGAGUUGUCACAUAAAUAAAAAAAAAACCCUACUACAGCGCUGGUUUGAAUCCAAGCAGAUGAUUAAACAGCAUUAGCGGAGAGCACUUAAGCGCACAGAGGAAGAACAAAAGGCUAAGGCGCUUAUAAUCAUAGCUGAAGGGCGGCUGCGUGCGGUUCGCGUUGAAGCUGCCUUCCCUAUCGCCGGAUCAGCUCAUAUCCCACAGCGGCUGUCAAGAAGGGUGAAAAUAAGCGAAUUCCCGUCGAGAUGAUGCAGAUCGCAGAUUCCUACAAUCAGAAGCACUCGCUGUUCAAUGCCAUGAACCGGUUCAUCGGCGCGGUGAACAACAUGGACCAGACUGUGAUGGUGCCCAGCCUCCUGAGAGACGUGCCUCUGGAGUACGAGGAGAAGGACGAGGUGAACAACUCCCUCAGGACAGGCAGCCCCGGGGCGGCGGGCUAUUUCUCGGACCGGGACAUGUACAGCUACUACGUCCUCCUGAAGUCCAUCCGGAAUGAUAUCGAGUGGGGGGUCCUGCAGGGGGAGGAGAGGAAAAAGGACAAGCUGGGCGCCUCCGCGCUGGACCUCUCCAGGAUCGAGCCCGAGGAAGAGGAGGAGGACCUGCAGAAAAUGUUUCACUUCCACCUGAGCGGACUGCACACGGUUCUGUCCAAGCUGACGAGGAAAGCGAACACCCUCACCAACAGAUACAAGCAGGAGAUAGGCAUCGGGAGCUGGGGCCACUAGGCGCCUCAGCCGGCCACCUUUCUGUCUCGCUGGUGCUGCCUGUGAGCCGAACCCAGCAACUGGGUUUGACAAGACGGCGGAUGAAGUUCGGUCGAACGGAUCAGCAGAGCCCAAGGAAGAAAGGCAGAUUAGGGCUUUUUUCGGGGGGUGGUUUGGGUAACCUGUUUUUUUUUAAAGCUCCGGAAAGAAAAAUAAAGUUGACUUCUUAGGCGUGGGGUUGUUCUGUACUAGUUCGCUUGGUGGAAAGAUAGCAUCUUGUUUUAUGGCUGAUUGCACUACCGCUGUUACUGUUUCUGCUAAUGUAUUUCUUGAAAACGCGAACUGUCUGUAUAAAAAAAAAAGUUUAACAUUUUACGUUUGUUACGUUGUCUCAGAAUUUUAUUUAAGCGCCCAGACGCAAAAGUUAUUUUAUUGUGUUCCCGAUACGGGAAGGCAGUGCAAUGAAGACUAGUCGAAAGGCGCUCUGACGCACUUUGCGGGCUGUCGUAGCACAUGCUGUACCUAACUGAGCACAUGAGGCCUCAAAUGCAACGCCGAUGACUCGUAUGGGCCAGUGAUGUAUAAACUGUAUGGAAUCAACUGACUAUUCUAUGUAGCUGUAUGGAGUAAUGACGGAUUCCACGUGGUGUUGUAUGUUAAGACAAAAAUCUUUAUCGUUUUCUUUAUUAUUUUUUUACAUUCUGUAAAGAUAAUGUACAGAAAAUAAAGAUUUUUGAAUCUCA